AAUUAAUUAAUUAUCGUCCCCUACCCGUCGAGCCUUAAACCAUCCCACAACAACAACAACAUCAUCAUCGUCGUCGUCGUCGUCGUCUCAAAAUCACCGUCGCUACCUUGGGACCGUGCCACAUCGCCGCAUUUAACGCCCGAUCAAAUAUUCGUACCCGGCCAUCGAACCUGGCCUAGCGAUCUGCCUCUCCAUCUCUCGGCACAUCGCACCAUCCCCCUACCCCCAUCCUCCAUACCAUAUUCUCCAGGGCUCGUACCACAUCGUGUGAACUACGACCUCGCCCUAGUCCCGUCAUCGGCGCCGCUUGAGUAUGGGCAUCCAACCGCGAGUGGGAUCGCUGGCGAGCGCUGACGCAACUAACGGCAUCAGCAGCAAGAAUGGGCCAAAUGACGCAGGUAGCGAGGCCACCAGGCGGAAGCAACCCCUCGACAUCGAGGAGAUCCUGCGCAAAAAGAAGGAGGCCGACAAAGCCGCUGCCAAACCAAGAUUCAUCCCCAAGGCUGAGCGCGAGCGGUUAGCGGCAGAGAAGCAGAAGGAGGAGGAGGAUAAGCAAAGAAGAAAAGCCCAAGAAGCUCGGAACGCACCUAGCAGCCGAUCCGUCAGCGGCCCGGGCCCCGACAGACGUCAUCCCGACCGUAAUCGCGACAGAGAUCGCGGCCCCGUCGUGCCGACCGGUCCUAGGGCUAUGCGCCAGGCUAACAACGACCGCCGCGAUGCUAAUAGCUACGAGCAUGGUGACAGACGAGAGAAGGGCAACAAGAAGGCAUCGGCCGGAGAGAAGAGGCCAGCACCCGAGGAAGCCGAGGCGGCUCUGAUACGAGCUAGAUACAUGGGCCCGGAGAUGAACCAGUCUACCUUUUCUGCCAAGAAGAAGCGCAGGCGGACGACGGAAAAGAAGUUCAAUUUCGAAUGGGACGCAGAAGAGGAUACCAGCCAAGACCACAACCCCAUCUACGCCGAGAGGGCCGAGCCGACCUUCUUCGGCAGGGGGAGGUUGGCCGGCUUCGGCGACGACAUGACGGAAGAGAAUGCGAGGAAGUACGCCAUGUCCCUGGUCGAGCGCGACCGCGAGAAUGGCACGGCGCGGGCGCAGGAGCUGCUUGAGAUGAUGCAGAGAGCCAAGGAGAGGGCAAACCGCAACGGCCUGGGGAAGCACUGGUCGGAGAAGAAGCUCGAAGACAUGCGCGAACGAGACUGGCGUAUCUUCAAGGAAGACUUCGGUAUCUCGACUAAGGGCGGGCUCAUCCCGAACCCCAUGCGAAAUUGGCAGGAAUCGGGCUUGCCUCGACGAUUGCUGGAUAUCGUCAGCAAAGUCGGCUACGACGAGCCGACGCCAGUUCAGCGCGCCGCCAUCCCCAUCGCUCUGCAAGCCAGGGACCUGAUUGGCGUGGCUGUUACCGGUUCCGGAAAGACGGCCGCCUUCCUGUUGCCAUUGCUCGUCUACAUUUCGGAACUGCCACCACUUACCGAAAUCACGAAAAACGAUGGACCGUACUCCCUAAUCAUUGCCCCGACCAGAGAGCUGGUUCAGCAGAUAGAGACGGAGGCAAAGAAGUUCGCGGUGCCGCUUGGAUUUACGGUGGUCAGUCUUGUUGGUGGUCAUUCGCUGGAAGAGCAAGCGUUCGCCUUGCGAAACGGCGCCGAGAUUAUUGUCGCCACACCUGGUCGUCUAGUGGACUGUAUCGAGCGUCGUCUCCUGGUCCUGUCUCAAUGCUGCUAUAUCAUCAUGGAUGAAGCUGAUCGCAUGAUCGACAUGGGUUUCGAGGAGCCCGUCAACAAGAUUUUAGACGCGCUUCCCGUCUCCAACGAAAAACCGGACUCUGAUGCCGCCGAAAACGCGCAGCUGAUGAGCCGUCACCUGGGGGGCAAAGAUCGAUACCGGCAAACGAUGAUGUACACGGCCACUAUGCCGACGGCGGUGGAGAAGAUUGCUAAGAAAUACUUGCGUCGUCCGGCUACAGUCACUAUCGGCAACGCCGGCGAGGCCGUGGACACGGUUGAGCAGCGGGUCGAGUUCGUACCCGGCGAGGACCGCCGCAAGAAGCGCUUGCAGGAGAUUCUCAUGUCUAACGACUUUGCGCCGCCCAUCAUCGUCUUCGUCAACAUCAAACGCAACUGCGAUGCGGUGGCCCGAGAAAUCAAGCACAUGGGUUUCUCGGCCGUCACGCUCCACGGUAGCAAGACGCAGGAGCAGCGAGAGCAGGCCCUCGCGUCGGUGCGCGGCGGCACCACAGACGUCUUGGUCGCGACGGACCUGGCUGGUCGCGGUAUCGACGUUCCGGACGUCUCCCUGGUCGUCAACUUCAAUAUGGCCAUGAGCAUCGAGAGCUACACUCACCGUAUCGGUCGUACGGGUCGUGCCGGAAAGAGCGGUGUCGCCAUCACCUUCUUGGGUAACGAGGACUCGGACGUCAUGUACGACCUGCGGCAGAUGCUCUCCAAGAGUUCGAUAUCGAGAGUUCCCGAGGAGCUGCGCCGGCACGAAGCAGCGCAGCAGAAACCAAACAAGGGGCCGAGAAAGCUCGAGGAGAAGGGUUUCGGCGGGAAGGGCGGUGGAUGGGAUUAGAUUUGCCUCGAUACGUGUACAAGUACCUAUAGCAUAUCUCGCAGUAGCAAGCUAGAUCACUACCACCGAGGUCGUUUACGCCGUGACGCGACUGCGUGACGAAUACCUCCCUGAUCCCAUUGCGACGGUUAAUUACAGAGCUAGCGGCAACCUCGCAGAGGCCACCCCCUUUCUAUCUACGUUACCCCCCGUGCUUGUGUUUUGGUCUGCUAAAACAUUGUAUAGAGGUAGGCAGCCUAAAUGCUCUAUGGACGCGGUUUCUUGGAUAGGGGUCUUAGUAGGCUAUCCGCUCCGGCGACGGCCCGGCUUGCUCACGACGACUCAAAAUGGAAUGCCCCGCGGGGGGGUGAACUGGGGGC